AUGUUAAGACGAUCAUUCAAACGAUGGAUCAACUUGCCGUCGUCUAAGGAAGCGCUUCCGUUCUCAUUACCUCCCAAUUACAAGCCCAAUAAGCGAGUGGUCAAGCAUCUUCCGUGGACCAAAUGUAUGGAGAUCUGGUUGCGGUCAUUCCAGAAGGGAAUGGUUCAAACAUUACAGAACAAACUAGUGGAACUCCAAGUGAACCCCGCAAAGUAUGUGAACCACGAUAUCCGAUGGGAGAACAAAAAGGUAGCGGUAGAUGAACAAGGCAAUUGGAUUAACGAGAUUGUAUUUGAACUCAAAUCUCAACAGGAUAAACCUGUUAAGCAUGUUGUUUUCCUCCAUGGUUAUGGAGCUGCCUUGGGGUGUUUUGCUCGGAACUUUCAACUCAUCAACUUAUUCAAAGAUACUCACUAUAAUUAUAAAAUCCAUUUCCUUGAUAAUAUCACCUUUGGAUUGUCAUCUAAUCCAAAGAUGGCUAAUGAUCCACUCAACCAUAAUUGGGUUGAAAAAUGUGCACCAAUCAAAGUCAUUGAUAAUGAUCUCCCCACAGACUCAAAGAAAUUAUAUAAAAAGUAUUAUAAGUUAGUGGAUGAAUAUCAUGUUGAUACUGAGCGGUUUGAAGAAUAUCAAGCGACUUUCAAGCCCAUUGUUAAACUGUUGGAAGAUUUUUAUUGUGGAGCAAUUGAUCUGUGGAGGAAGAAUAGUGGCAUUGAAAAAAUCGAUUAUUUGAUAGGACACAGUUAUGGUGGGUAUUGGUCUGGUUCAUAUGCAGUUAGAUAUCCGGAUAAUUUCCAAAAUUUGGUAUUGCUUUCUCCUGUUGGUGUUGAGAGACAUUGCCACGCUGUUACCAAUAAUCUGUUGAGAAAUGAAGGUGCUCAAAUCACCAACGAUGAAACAUUAGUCUCCUUGAAACCAUCUCUUGAUCCUACUUCAUAUAACUUUUUGUCAAGAAUACCCAUUCUUGGAUUGAAACACAUCAACUAUUGGUAUUAUGUGCAACCCUUCCUUCCUCGUUUGCUUAAAUGGUUGGGACCAUGGGGGGUUCAAAAAUAUUAUCAAAUGUGGUACUUGAAAUUAUUCAAGAUCAACAAAGUAAUCAAUUCUUUGGGUGGUGGGGCUAAGCUCUUCAAGUCUGAAAAUGAUUUGGUUUAUGGGACUAAUACCGAGGUCCGUUUGCUCAUCGAAUACCUUUAUAACACAACUAUUCAAGGUUCAAACAGUGACAUUUAUAUCAAGCAUUUGUUGACCCCAAGCACUGUCAGUAAAUGGCCUUUGUACGACAAAUAUUUUCAGUACUUUCAAAAUGGUCACAAGUUCAGGGACGAUCAAAAAAUCACCGUUGCUUAUGGUCAAUUUGACUUUAUGAAUGCUGAAGCUGGUGAAAAAUUGAUCCAGCUAAUUCAACACAACAUGGUUACUCCUCAGAAUGCAAAAGUCGUAUCCAUACGAGAAGGUGGUCACAAUUUAUACAUCGAUAACCCUUUUGACACCAACACUUUACUUCAUCUGAUUGUUGCAGCAGAUGACAACUUGUAA